AUGUGGUAACCCUAAAAAUAUCCCUUGUCUCUCCUCCCAACGUGCUUGGCAGUUACAUUACCCAGUGGGCAGGUUCAGGCCCAUUUGAAUGAGAUGUUUUUAAGUUAUCCUUAAAGUGCAGAAAACCUUGGAGACAGGGCUUUAGGCUCUACCCAAAUUUCAAUGUUCUUCCAUUUCCAGAAUGCUCAUAAUCACUCCUGAUCUACAAAGAUUUUCAGGAGACCAUAAAUCACCCUAAAUAACCCAAGGCUGCGGGAGUUCUUUUCUUUGGCUAGGAAUCUUCCAAGGCAGCUCAUGAAAUCUGAUGAUGUGGAGACAGAGAACCACCACAGCCCUGUCAUCCUGCCCAGGAGGCUUGGAAAAUGCCCUGCUGACCAGAGACAGUUCCAAAGACUUCAAUCCCAACCUCCUGCUUUAUAUUGAGCAGUCUGAACCAGAUUCCCAGGGGCUGGACCUUGAGUACCUGCCCUACUACAGAACAUCCCACAUCUGUGUCUGCCCCACGCCUUACAUCUGCACAGAAAGAGAAAAAAGCUCCAAUGAAAGCAAGGCUGACACUAAGCAGGAUAAGCAAAGCAUCCUGCUAAGUUUGGGGCUGAAGACAACUUCUCCUGCAAGCAAGGAAGAGCCCCCAGCCCAGGAGCUGCUGGGAGCCGGCAGCUCUGCGCUCCAGCUGCCCGCGCCCUCCUUCCCCAGCCGGCUCCCGGAGCUGGAGCAGCCCCCUCCCUGCAGUGGGUACUUCCCUUACUACAGGACUGAGGGAGGCAUUUGCACUGGCCCACUUCAAAGAGCAGAGUCCCUCACCAGGACAGAAGGUCUGGAGGCCAAAGAGGGAGGACAAAGAGGAGGAUCAAGUAUUUGGAAUCUCCAUGGCAACUGCUUGGUGUCCUGAGGAGAAACAAGGGGUUUUGUGGAUGCAGAUGUGAAGGAGAAACUCCUGAAACCUAUGACAACAUGAAAAUCUGCAUGAAUUUGAAUAAAAUUAAUAUAUUCCCUCUCUCAAAAAAAACCCCAACAAGUGAUAUCCCAGACUGUGUAAUGGAAGCAGAAAGAAGCAGAACAGGAGCUUGGGAAAUCCAAUAAAAUUUCUCUAGAUAUGA